UGGGAGUUCCAUAUUACCCUUAUUAUUACCUUCCUUCUUAUCAACAGUCUGGGUACGGUCAGCCAUUUGUAAAUAAAUCCCUGUAUCCUGUGUAUAAUCAUCCACAUUCGACCAAACCUGGAUCAGCUUCAGGUGCAACACCCUACGGCUAUCCAACAACACCCACAACGCCCAAUACGCCACAUCAUUACUCGCACACGUCUACAGCAGGCUAUGACGACAUCACGGGAGGACAAAUACAUCAUAUCCCGCCUAAUGUUCACGAAUAUAAGGCAUACGGCGGCGGUGGCAUUCCCCCUCUUAAUUUCUUAGGUAAUACGGCCGGUAAUACGCCUCAACCUACGUCCGGGACUACAGGAUCAACCACGUCUAGUGGAAAGACGGGUAACAAUGGAAGUUCAGAAUUAAAUUCUCCCGCUCAAUAUAAGGGAUAUGCAGAUAAAUCCUCGACAACCUCUCAACAAGCCGGAGUAGGACAGUCUGGAGUUCAGCAGCAUCAGCAACAACAACCCACAAAUCCAAAUUAUUAUGGACAACAAGCCCAACAACAGGUGUUCAAUAAUUAUCAAUAUCCACAGACACAUCAUCAAUAUCACCCGCAUCAGGCACAUCAUCAGGCUACUGGUCGCAAUCAAUAUUGGAGUAAUCAGAGUUAA